ACAGCUGAAGUAGUUUAUCAAUUAUGACCGUAAAGUAGUAGUUUGGGAAUAAGUGUGAGCCAGGCGCCGAAAAUCCUGAUCGAUUGUUUGCUGGUUGUGACGUCAGCAAUCCGAUAUUGGAGAAAACGUGCACUUGUACAUGGAAUCGAACAGACAGUGCUUCGUCUUUUUAUAUACCGAUAGCCUUUUAAGACAUAUUUUGGUCACAACUUGGACGGUUUAUCAAGGAAAGCAUCGAUUGAUCUUUGGAUGUAUAUGCAAUUUCAGAUAUUGGAGAAAAACGGAUGCCUGAACAUGAAAACUAGCAUAUGGGGCUUAGUUUAUUCAUAUGCCGAUAGCUUUUUUAAGAAAUAGUCUCGUGAAUUUGCCAGCUAAAUCAUGGACACCAUCGUUUGAGCUCGUGAUAUGGCAUGAAUGAACAUAUUUUGAGGAAAUACAGACACGUGUACAAAGAUAGUGCUUCGACAAUGUCUAUGUUGAUAGUUUUUUUCCCCUCAAUUUGGACGGUCUUCAUCACGGAUUACACCGUUUGAGAAUAUUUUCGUUCAUUUGGAAGUGAACUCAUGGAUGCCUUCGUUAUGAAGAACUAAAGCUUUGUGCAACGAAAAGUGGAUAUUGCAAUAUUAAUUAGUAUUUUUUUUAAUGUAAAAGAACAAAAAUCGUUUUACCGCAACAAUGGAAACUGGUCAAGAAAGCGAUAAUAGGGUUAAAGGUUCAACGCAUACAGCAAACAAAAACAUACAAUAUCCACCUAUUAUUCAAAUAAAGGCUGCAAUUCCAAGCAGUUUGUUUGAAUCAAAUUUGCUCAUAUCGUUAUACUUCGUUUUCACAGAUUUUCUCAUCAUAUCGGUAUUGUAUGUAGGAUUAAGACUUACAGAAUGGCUGUUUCCAGUGUAUGUUCAAAUUGCUAUUCUUCCCCUCUACUGGUACAUUCAGGGAACAAUGUUGAUGGCCCUGUUUGUUCUGGGGCACGACUGUGGACACGGCUCAUUCUCCCGCCACGAGAUAAUCAACGACAGUGUUGGUACAGUGCUUCAUACUUUGAUUCUAACCCCAUACUUCUCCUGGAAAGUCUCUCACAGAAACCAUCACAAGAACACUGGUAACAUCGACAAGGAUGAAGUGUUCUAUCCCGUGCGCAAAGAAAACGAGAAUGGCAAUGACUUUGCCUUUCUCUUUGGCCUAGGUCUUGGUUGGUUCGUUUAUCUAUGGCGCGGGUACCAUCCACGAAAGAUAUGCCACUUUAAUCCACUAGAGGCCAUGUUCCGGCAUCACGUGACCGGAUGUACAUUGUCUAUCAUGGCAAUGCUAGCCUGGGUGUAUUGCUUGUAUCUGUACGCCUGUUCGAGAGGAUUCAUUGCCCUGCUAGUGUACUACGUGGUUCCAGUGAUCGUGUUUGCGAGUUGGUUGCUCGUUGUUACAUUCCUUCAUCAUAUCGAAGAAAAUACUCCAUGGUAUUCCGAGGGCAGUUGGACGUACGUUAAAGGUCAGGUGAGUUCAGUGGACCGGAACUACGGCUGGGCACAUCACAUUAUCCACAACAUCGGCACGCAUCAAGUACAUCACCUUUUCCCGCGCAUUCCACACUACAACCUAGAGGCGGCCACGUGUCACUUCCGGGCAGCAUUUCCGCAACUUGUACGGAAGUGUGAGGAUCCAAUACUGCCAGCGAUGUUCAGAAUGUACACUAAAUUUUCACAGCAGUUCCGCAUCGCUAAUGAUGUGGACAUUCAUGUGUAUCGCUAGUGUAUAUGAAACCCAAACCAAAAUAGCAUUAAAACCGUGUCAAAAUGCUUCAUUGGAGAACGCGGAAUCGUGUUGUUGCACCAUGAUGAUUUUAUGUUUAUGUAUUAAACAGUUUGGCGCGAAAUGGUAUGCAUACUAUAUGUGACUUGUUCAUUUAUGGGUCAGUCUGACUUAAAUUAAAGAUAUAACGGAAUAUUAAAGGAAUGUCAGUACAACAGGUCAUACACCCGAUCUGAAAGCUCGAAAUGUAUUAGCAAAUCGUAACAACAAUCAACACGAACAUUUUCGAAAAUUAUACAAAAAAUAACAUAUAUUCGCUUCAUUACAAAGUUGCCAUACGAUAUAUUGUCGAUACGAAAAUUGAUUAUCAUCAUGUCGAGGGCUUAGUCCAAGACUUAUAGCUCCUUCUUUCUCUAUAUCGAGUUACAAAUGUCUUGUCUUUUGGCCUCAUACCGAUAUAAAGAUUGACAUAAUUGUACAUGGGUGAACAUAAUGCUGAAUCAUGUAUGUUCCGUUCGGAUAUAUAAUAUUUAUUGUCAGUGAAACAUAAUUACACUAAUAAACAUUGAAUACAUUUUUCCUAUAAUGUCUUAUUAUUUCAAAUUUUUGAAUUAUUGUAUCAUAGUUGAGUUUAAUGUUCA